GGUUUGUAAAAAUUGCAAAAUGUUAGGCCAUGCGGUAUUAUUACUAGUUCUAUCUCUAGGGAUCCAUUGUCUGGCCGAGAACUUCUGUAGGAACGAUCUUUGUCGGGGAGCAACCCAUAUUGCGUGUGAAUAUCCAAACGGAGGCUUUAAUAGCUCUUGCCCCAAAGAUGCCAAAGUGAUAGAGCUCAGUAAGGAUCUUAAAAAUGGUAUUGCCAAGGCCCACAAUUUGGUGAGACAGAGAUGGGCCAGUGGCAAGGCGAAUGUUUCAAGGAUCGCCUGCAAAAUGGCAACCGUAAAAUGGGACGAUGACUUGGCAAAGGUGGCAUUGCUAAAUGCGAAAACCUGCCUAUUUAGGCAUGAUGCUUGUCGCAAUACCGAAAGGUUUCCGUAUUCCGGUCAGAAUAUAUACCUGGCGGCAAUUUGGCAGUCUGCCGGAACGAAUAUAGACAUACCACCAACUCAACUCCUAGAAAUGGCAGUCAAAAAUUGGGCAGACGAAGAAAGGGACGUAGUGCCCGAGGAUUUAGCUAGUUACAAACGUCAAAGGAAGGUGAUUGGACACUUGACUGUUAUGAUCAACGAGAAAAGCUCUGCAGUGGGCUGUGGCAUUACCACUUAUAAAGAGGGCGGCGGCCGAAAGUACCUGGUGGCCUGUAACUACUCGUUUGCCAAUAUCUUGGGUAAAAGUGUCUACAGCGAAUGCCCCAAAGCAGGCAGUGGGUGUCCCAAGGGAUUGAGCAAGCAGUAUCCACCACUAUGUGCUUAAAAAUUAUUAUUCUUAUUUAAUAAUAUUAUCUAAGGGCUUUGUAAAUAUCAUUAAAAAUAUAUAAUAGCUAGAAA